AGUUCCCCUCUGCCUUUGAGCGAGUCCCUCAGUGUGGGGACAGUUCUGUCUUGGCUAUGGAGGUCUCAGCAGCCUGACCUACAUUCAAACAAUGAUAUGAGAUUCCAGAAGCUGCGGAACCUAAUAUUAACACCUCAUCAUUCCCAUUGGACUUUUUCCGUACUCGUCCCCGUAGACUAUGUCCCAGUAUUCCCAUAACUAUCUACUAGUUCCUAUCCCUGAAUACCCUCUCUUGGACUGUGAUGCUAACAGGAACAUCAAGAUUGUGGUUCUGGGUGGCAGUGGUGUGGGAAAAACAGCUCUGGUCGUAAGAUUUCUUACAAAGAGAUUUAUUGGAGACUAUGAAGCAAACACUGGUGCAUUAUACUCAAGAAAAGUGACAAUCGAUGGGGAACAAAUUUCACUUCAAGUGCAGGACACACCCUAUGUUUCAAUGGAGGAAGACUCAGACAGUAUUUGCUGCCAGGAGCAAAUCAAUCGAUCCAUUUACUGGGCAGAUGGCUUCGUUCUUGUGUUUUCAAUCACAGACUACAAUAGUUACCGAGUGAUUAGACCUCUGUACCAGCACUUACGAAAAAUUCACCCAAACACCAAAAUCCCACUUCUUCUGGUAGGAAAUAAAGCUGAUCUCUUGAGGGCCCGGCAGGUGGAAUCUGAUGAGGGGCUCCAGCUAGCCAAUGAACUGACUGGCACAUAUGCUGAAGUAUCUGCCAGAGAAAAUUAUGAAGGGGUAUAUGGAGCAUUCUACCAGCUUUGUCAAGAGGUUGGCAAGAUGAUUUUCAGUUGUAAUGGAGAAAAACGAAGAGGACUCCAUCUUGUCCGGCCUAGGUCUCCCAACAUGCAAGACCUGAAAAGACGUUUUAAGCAAGUGUUAUCCUCUAAAGUCAAGUCUACCACAACCCUCUGACCAAGACUGCACGAGUAACAGGAACUGUCACAUUUCAGAUGUAUUCAUCAAAUCAACUUCCUCAUCAAAAUGUAUCUCCAGAAAUUGCACUGGAACAGUUUGUGUUCCUUUGUGCGCCAACAUUGCUAGUAUUUGUGGAAUGUGAAACCUCAACAUAUUAUGCAGCUGUAUUUAACACGUACCUGUUACAUAUACACAGAUGAAAGAAGAGGGAAGAAGGACUUCUCCGGGUGUUGAUGGCAUAAAUCAAUCCAAUGGUUGUUCAAUAUUUAUUUGCAGUGUAACAUAUCUGAGGAAGUCUAAAGCCUAAGGAAGGGACUGCUCCAAAUCUGAAACGCAUUGAAUGCUACACUGCAAAUAAAUAUUGGAAAAUCAAAAUUGGUUGAUCAAUGCCAGCAGUACCUGCAGAAGUCCUUCUUCCCUCUUCUGGUUAGUUUGCCUUCUGCAGACACCUUGCUGGUCAUUGGGCUGCAACUUCUCUAUAAAGCUUCCAGAUUUCUCCUACCGCACCUCUUUUUUCUUAUAUCCAGGUAAUGUCCUAUGCGUGCCUUCUUGUGUCUCUUUCUAUGAUAGAGAUUUAUCAUACACACAAUUCAAGCAUCCUUGGACUGGCAAUAGGGAACCAUCUUCUAUGAGGUCAUGUACUGGAACUCGACACGCUGCCAUUUUCAUACAGAGGUGCACACAUAUCAAUUUCACAGUAAAAACAAAAUAGGUAUCUUGUGCCAGAAGAUGCUGCAUCACACAGCUAGUCUACCCUAGGAACUGUUCUGCCACGUGCAUUAGGCAUUAGAAGUGAAUGCCCACAAUUCAGGGGUCUACAUUUCUGUCAGAUUUCUGUAGGCAGCUCUCUAAUUCCUCUAUAUCGGGGAUCAGUAACCUUCGGCACUUCAGCUGUGGUUAAACUACAACUCCCAGCAUGCACACUUAGCUGUUUUCAGAACUCCCAUAGAAGUAAAUGGAGCAUGCUGGGAGUUGUAGUUUCACCACAUCUGGAGUACCGAAGGUUGCUGACCCCUGCCCUAUAGAGAUAAAGAAAAUAACAUGACAGGUAAUCACCACUAGGGGGAGCAUAGGAGUUUAUUGCAUAUCUUCAUUUUGCAGUUCGCAGUGAAUACUGAUAAUUAGGGAUGAGCGAAUCGACUUCGGAUGAAACACCCAAAGUCGAUUUCAAUACUGUACGGAGCGAUUAAAACGAAGAUUUAUGCGAAUCGACUUCGGAUGUUUCACCCGGAGUCGAUUUGCUCAUCCCUACUGAUAAUACAUUCAUAUGAACAUCUGAGCUUUAGUCAUAUAUCUCUUAUAAUCUUUGUAAUUCAUUAUGGGGUAAUUUAUGAACAGAUAUAAGGCACUUUGUGGCAUUUAUCUGGCACAGAUUCUAUGUUGUAGCAGAAUCUACAACUUCUUCCCCACUUAUGCCAAGUCUAAAAAAAAGGGGGGUGCGGUGGGGAAGGGGACGGGCCGGUAGGUCUUUCUCAUUCUUUAUUUUCUACAUUUGUUUUAGGCGUAGAAAAUAGUCUAAAUGUAAGACAGCUAGGAAGCUAUCUUACAUUGAGGAUCAGCGGUGGAUGCGCCAAAGUUAUGUAGAGGCCGGCACCAUUACAUAACAUCAGCGAUCCACCGCCAGCGCAGGGUCUUAAUAAAUGAGCCCCUAUGUCUUUACAACGUGGCCAUAAAAUUUGUUGUUUGUUAAUUUUUGGAUAAAAGGUCCAGGAUGGCAAACCUGAAAUACUACUAGGAGGAACAGAAAAUACAUGGACACUUAUAUAAAAGUAUUAAUUUACCAUAAAUUCUCCAUGAGCUAAAGUGGCGCAAAUUUUAU